AGAGAGAGCUGUGAGAGUCGCGCUCUGGCAGUACCGCCGCGCACAUACACUGACCCGUGGGUCGCCCUUGUCUCCUAACUCACCCACAACAACAACAUACACACAACACUUCCAGGAAGAAUAUAUUUGUGUGAGACGACAGCCUUCACUAGCAGCCUCCGCCACAGCCCCGGCAACCACUGCAGCAGCCUUCCUCAGCACUGGUGCCUCCUGCAAGCAGGAGAGGCCUAUAGGUGGUCAGGUCACGGGGUUGUAUAAUACAACUCAUCAUCUCCUUGAGUGGAAUCACAACUCAUCACCUCCUUGAGUGGACUCUGGGCGGUCACUAUGCUGCAAGACGAGGAUUUUGAUUCUGAUACAAGUGACGAGGAUUUUGUGCCCGAUGGUGUGGAGAGUGAUGAUGAACCAGUGAGUGGUGUAGAAGAGGAGGUAGAUGAAACUGAAAAUGACGAUGACAAACGAAGCCUCGCUAAGAAGAGCACAAAAACUAAAAAAAAUAAAAAAAAACGACCGGGGUCUUUGUUUGCUCAGAAACCAGAUAGUACGGAAACGGGAGAGGAGCAGGAUAAAGAGCUGAAGGCUGUGAAUGAAGAGCAGAAUAAAAAGAAAACUGAUGAUAUAUGGGCAGAUUUUCUAGCAGAUGUUGAAGACAAACCCAGUCCACCACCUAAACCUAAAUCUUCAAGCUGGGCAGCCCUUCUUGGCAACAAGAAGAGUCCUAGUAGCUCUAAUAAAAUUACAUCCAAACAGGAAACAUCACUUAACCGGAGUGAAGUAAAAAAGAACGAUGCUCCUGUUAAGCCAAGCACUGUUAAAAUCACCCAGGUCUUCGAAUUUGCUGGAGAAGAAGUAAGAGUAGAAAAAGAAGUAGAUGCUGAUUCAGCAGAGGCAAAAGCAGCUCUUACUUCUCUCAAGUCCGGUGCAGCAAAUGACAGUAAAUCUACUGUUCCAGGCUUAGGAGGAACAAAACGGCCGGGUGGUCUUUCUAGCGUUGUUGGUCUCCUCGACAAUAAGAAGCAGAAACUCACCACUUUAGAAAAGACAAAACUGGACUGGAGUAGUUUCAAGUCUGAGGAAGGACUGAAUGAGGAGCUUGAGAAACAUAAGAAGAGCAAAGAUGGGUACUUGGAUAAAAAAGCCUUCUUAGAGAGGGCUGAUGUGAGGCAGUUUGAAAUUGAGAGGGCAAUGAGAAUGAAUAAGCGAUCACACAGAUGAGAAGUGUAGAGUGUACCUUGAAUAGUUGGAUGUUGAAGCCUGAGUAAUGGUUGCAUUAAUUGACACACCAUUUGUCCUCAGCGAUGUCCCCCUUUCAUGAUCAAAAUUUAGAAUUAGGGCGUUUUUUUUUAUUUGAUGUAUGCAAAAUCAUGUAGGAGGAAUAUAAGUCGUCAUCGUGGAGCUAAGUUAUUUUUGUCUUAGCUUAAUUCCAACUGGUUUUUGAAUUUGAUGAAUUGUUAAAGUUAAACUAACUUUUUAUUCAGCAUUGUCUAUUUAUAUAAUAAUUUGUUUAAGCAUCUGCGAUGCUUCAGUUUGAGAUAACCUAAAUUGGGAGUACUAAAAAUAAUUUUGUGGACAUAUAUAUACAGUAUAUAUUUAUAUAUGUAUGUUGAAUGUUGUUUUGGAUAGUCAAACCAUGAUGGAAAGGUGUAUUAUAUUUAUUUUAGUAUAAAGACAUUGUAUUAAUGACAGGUUGUCUGUUAUGUGAUUUUAUCAUUCCUGCUUUAGUGGAACAAAUGAAUAAAUGUUUUGUAUUAAAUGUAAUUAACUGAU